GUUUUUGUUAGGUGACUCAUGGAUGACUGAAGUGGGAGAUUAGCGCAAAUCUCACAUUUUCCCGGAUUCUUUCUGUUGUUUCCGGCGAAAGAAAACUAAGGGAGGGAGAAAAUGAUGCUUGCUCGAUUUGUGUUUCGAUCUCAGCUAAGACCUUUUGUCUCAGCUCGGCAAUCUGCUUCUGGCUGUUCUUACUCUUCUUCAUCGGCAGCUUCAGCUGAAGCUGAGAAGACGAUUCGGGAAGGGCCCAGAAAUGACUGGAGCAGAGAUGAAAUCAAGGCCGUCUAUGAUUCCCCCGUUCUUGAUCUCCUCUUCCAUGGAGCUCAGGUUCAUAGACAUGUUCAUAAGUUCAGGGAGGUACAGCAAUGUACUCUCCUCUCCAUAAAGACUGGUGGGUGCAGUGAGGACUGUUCAUACUGUCCUCAGUCCUCGAGGUAUAGCACUGGAGUCAAGGCCCAAAGACUCAUGUCCAAGGACGCUGUCAUUGAUGCAGCAAAGAAGGCAAAAGAAGCUGGUAGCACAAGGUUUUGCAUGGGUGCUGCGUGGCGAGAUACGAUAGGGCGCAAAACCAAUUUCAACCAGAUACUUGACUACAUCAAAGAAAUAAGAGGCAUGGGGAUGGAGGUUUGCUGCACACUGGGCAUGAUCGAGAAGCAACAAGCGUUAGAGCUAAAGAAGGCUGGCCUCACUGCUUAUAACCACAACCUUGAUACUUCAAGAGAGUACUACCCAAACGUCAUCACUACUAGAAGCUAUGACGACCGCCUUGAAACUCUUGAGCAUGUUCGUGACGCUGGAAUCAACGUCUGUUCAGGAGGAAUAAUCGGGCUUGGAGAGGCAGAGGAGGACAGAGUAGGUUUGUUACACACACUGGCAACACUUCCUUCUCACCCUGAGAGUGUUCCCAUUAAUGCCCUGCUUGCAGUGAAAGGCACUCCUCUUGAAGACCAGAAGCCGGUUGAGAUAUGGGAGAUGAUCAGGAUGAUUGGAACAGCGAGAAUCGUAAUGCCAAAAGCAAUGGUGAGGCUAUCUGCUGGUAGAGUCCGGUUCUCGAUGCCCGAGCAAGCCCUGUGUUUCCUUGCCGGUGCAAACUCAAUCUUCACUGGAGAGAAGCUUUUAACAACACCCAACAAUGAUUUUGACGCGGACCAGCUCAUGUUCAAGACGUUGGGACUCAUUCCUAAACCCCCAAGUUUCUCUGAAGAGGAUUCUGAAUCAGAAAAUUGCGAGAAAGUUGCUUCUGCUUCUCACUAAAAUUUGGACACUAUGAAGCUGUGCCAUCUUUGAUUAUGUAGCACUAGGAGAGAGAACCUGCGAGUCUGUUUAAUGUAUGUUUUAAAUGAUAGUAGGUUCAAGAAACUGCUCGAGUGUGUAUUUUUGAAGAAAUUUUUAUUUCCCCGACUUUUUUCUUGAUUAUCUUGGUAAUUUCUUAUAUAACGAAUAUUAUUUUGUUCUGCUUCUCACUAAAGAUGAUUUAAUAACACCGUUAUUCGUUUUAUUGUUAUUCAAAGUUGGCUAGA